AUGUUGUUCUUUUGGAUUUUAGUAUGGCUCAUCGACCCUAUAAGAGGAGAAGCCUUGAUCACUGAGAAAAAAGUGACAUGCACUUCAUCGAACAUCGAAGUUGCACUCAAAUUCUCGAGUCCUUUCUCUGGAGGAGUUUUAACAGAAAACCCAAGAAAAUAUGAACAAUGCAGGUGGAAAGGUAACGGAUCUAAUUCAAUGUCACUCAACAUCCCAUUGUUCAACUCCACCAAAUGCGCUGUCGUGGCUAAUGAGACUAGUGGGACCUACAGUAUAAAAUUGCUGGUGAGCCCCGUAGAUGGUUUGAUAGUGGAUGGAUUCAGUGCAAUCAACGUUAAAUGUAUUUACGCAACACAGGACAUCACAUUGACCCUGCCGCCAAUAUUCAAUGGUACAAAUGCGUUGCAGAUAAACGCGAUGAACGACGACAACAGUGUAGUGACUGGAAGCGGCGGCUCACCGGCGCUCACAAUGCAAAUUCUCGAGGGCCACGGGAUCGGCGGCUCACCAGUGGUCAAAGCGGCAGUCGGCCAACGGAUUACACUGGAUAUAGCGCUUCAGAACACAGCUAUCUACGAUUUUUAUGUUCACUCAUGCUACGCUCACGAUGGAAGCAACUCUCCCGAUGCGUCGAUCAACAUCAUUGAUUCCAAUGGAUGCGGAGUGCGCCUAUCAAGGGCAAUCGACGUGCCGGCAAUGAGCGCGCAACCUACACCGAAUGGCCCAAAACACGUCUAUUUGCAUAUGUACGGGUUCCAAUUCACUUCCAACAAUUUCGUGCAUUUCGAAUGUCAAGUCAAGCCAUGUAUCAAGUCCUGUCAUAGAGAGCAAUGCAUUCGUGAACCCGACACCAAAAUCCCAGUGAUCCCGGCACAUCGUCGCCGCCGUCACGAAGACAACUCAACUGAUGUAGCUACACUUCGUCUUGAGACAGUGCUCGAGAUCUCACCACAAUCAACUCUCUCAGCUGCUGCCCUUGUAUCGUCCGAGGACUACGCCCGAACUGCAAGCUGUUACUCGCAGCCGGCGCUCAUUGCUACCUGCACUUUCGUUUUCAUCACCACUGCCCUUUUGGUCUUGAUGGUUCACGUGGUUUAUCGACGGUGCUCAAAGUCUAAGAAAGCGGGCAGUAUAAAUGACAGUGAUAGUGUUGAUACAUCUAGCAUUUCUUGA